UUGAAGCUAAACUCAAAGAAUAUAAAUCGCUUUGUGGAUAUGAACGUUAUCAUUGGAUAUAUGAACAAACUAAACAAACUGAAGAAAUUCAAGAUGAAGUAGCCUCGAGAUGGAGAGAAGAUUAUUCAAAUUCUAAAAACAAUUUCAAAUAUGAUGCUUUUAAUG